AUGACAUGGAAUAAGAAAAGGAUCGAUGAAUUACUACCUCAUGUGGCUCAGGAAAUCAUGUUAAUACAACCAAGCAUCGUCAAGACGGAAGACAUAUAUGUGUGGCAGCCACUAAACUCUGGAGUCUACACAGCAAGCUCAGGAUACUACGCAGCCUCCAUGAAGCGAAACAGCAACCAAGUCAUAACCGAUGACACCUUUGAUUGGAUAAAAGACGUAUGGCUUGCUCCCUGUUCACCGAAGAUGAAAGUCUUCACCUGGUCAAUCAUACAAAAAGCAUUACCAUUCGGUGAACAACUACAACAAAGAGGAAUGGGAACGGACUUAACCUGCUACAAAUGCAAAAGAAGGGAAACAUCAAUGCAUACCUUUUUUGAGUGUCCAUUCGCAAAAGAAGUAUGGAGUAGCAUCCCAAUGAAACAUGUAGUUCACCUAGCUACAGGAGCAACCUUCAGAGAAGCAGUGGUAGCUUUUCGACAAGCGAUAUGCCUUCCACCAACGGGAGUGGCUCACAAUGUACUCCCGUGGAUCUGCUGGGCGAUAUGGACUGCUCGAAACCAAGCGAUUUUCGAAAACAGAAACAUGUCUCCGAUGGAAGUUGCAAAUAAAGGCAUCAGCUUAGCACGGAAAUGGAGCUAUGCUCAAGAUCAAUCGACAAUUAAGAGAAGGGACAUACCGAGACCGAAGCUACGAAACCAAAACCCGGCUGUAUUGGCUUCGACAACGACAUGCAAAAGCGAUGCGGCUUAUGACAAAGCGACAAAAAGAGCUGGAUUCGCCUGGAUAUUCACGAAUGCUUCAGGAUCUAGAAUCGAUCAGGGGUCAAGGACACAGAACUAUAUCGGCUCUCCACUCGUAGCAGAAGCAAUUUCUCUACGAUCAGGAAUCCUCUCUGCGGUGAAUUUGGGAAUCAAAAACCUCUCGAUGUUCUCCGACAACAUAACGCUCAUUAGAGCUAUAAACAACGACGCGCAGUACUCAGAAAUCUUUGGUAUCGUAAAAGAUAUCCAACAGAUUGCUUUUGCUUUCGUCGAGAUAUCCUUCUCUCAUCUCUCUCGAGUUCACAACUCAGACGCCGAUCUGUUGGCUAAACAGUCUCUUCAUCUUUCAUUUGUAAUGGACUCAAAUUUGAGUUAA